AUGGGCACCAAAUCAUUUCGUUCAUAUUUUAUUUUCUUAUUUUAUUUAAUUAUUUUUAAUAAUUAUAUAAAUGCUGAUCAACAUAAAAUUAUUCUUAAUAGUUUAUUUACACAAUCAUCUUAUCCAUCAAUUAAUUUUGCACUUAAACAAAUUACAUCAUUACAAAUCGAUAUUACAUUUGAACUUAAUACAACAGAAAAUGUUAUUAUUCCUUGUGAUGUUGGUACAACUGUAAAAAUACUUUUUAACAUAAUUAAUAAAACAAAUUUAUUAAAUGUUUUACUAAGUGAUGCUUGUCAAAAUGUACUUAGUUAUAUAGCUGAAGCAGCAACUUAUUUUCAUAUACCAGUUUUUUCAUUUACUGAAAGUGAUUUAUCUUUAUCAUCUAUUGAUCGUUAUCCAUUUUUUAAUCAUAUUAUACCAUCAGAUCGUGAUCAUAAUUUAGUACGUAAACAACUUUUACAAUAUUUUAAUUGGACACGAUUUGGAUUAAUUUAUCAACAUGGAUCAAAAUAUACAUUGGUAGCUAAUGAUUUAUCCAAUCUAACUGCUACUGAUAAAAAACAAUGGGAAGUUAAUUUAACACGUGGUAUAGCUUAUCGUCAUGGAUUAGAAUGGCAUGAUGAUAAUGUCAAAAAUAUAAAAGGAUUACUCAAUGAUUUUAAAGCGAGAGAUGUUCGAAUUAUUAUUGCAAAUUUUAAUCAAACAAUUGCAACUCAUAUGUUUUGUCAUGCUGCAAAAGAACAUAUUUAUGGAUCACGCUAUCAAUGGAUUAUACUUGGUUAUCCAUCAUUUUUAUCAUGGUGGAAUGAACAAACUGAUUGUUCAAUACAAGAAUUAAUUCGAGCAAUUAAUGGAACUUUACAAACACGCAUACCACAUUUAUCUAUUUAUGAUAUAAAUGAACAACCAAGUUAUGUAUUGGAUUAUUUAGAACAAUUUUCUAAUUUAGAAAGAAAUUAUUUUGAUGCUUAUGCAUAUGAUACAAUAUGGAGUUUAGCAUAUCUUUAUCAAUCGAACAUUUUAUCUAAUCAAACAAAUAUUAAAACUAUUGUAGAUAAUAUUGAUUUUAAUGGUGCUACAGGAAGAGUCAGGUAUUUGAAUGGUCGACGAGUUGGUGAAAUACUUGUUGAACAAUAUGUUGUUUGUCGAAUGAUGAAUGAUGGUUCAUGUAAAAUUCCGUGUUAUGAAAAAGAUAAAGAUUGUAAUUUAACGGUUGUGAAAGUAUUUCUUGCUAAAAAUUCAGAUUCAAAAUAUGAUCCACCAAGUUUAUAUGAAUUUAAUCCAAUAAUGUGGCAUGGUUUGUAUGAAUUAAAAUUUUUUCUGAAAUAGAGAAGAAGUUUUUUUUUU